AUGUUGGAGGUGAAGAAGACAAGUGCUAGACAUCCUCAGUCGAAUGGUCAAGCCGAAGCCAUAAACAAAACAUUAGUCAAGAUGGUAUGGGCAUACCUGGUCGGAGAGCAAGAUGAGUGGGACCAGAAUCUUGGUUGCCUGGCUGGGGCCUACAGAUCUACGCCAAAUGAAUCGACAAGACUAACCCCAAACUUGCUAGCAAUUGGAAGAGAGGUGCGCCUGCCAGCUGACGUUAUUUUCGGUCGUAAAGAUAUGAAUGCUGAAGAGACACCGUCAUAUGCCUGUUACAUUGAAGACUUGAAGGAUAAUCUCCAUAGUGCACAUGAAGUAGCUCGUAGGUACCUAAAAAACAACGCUAAAAGAAGCAAACAACUGUACGAUGCCAGACAAAGUUUUUACCGAUAUGAGGUAGGAGAUGCCGUAUGGUGCUUGAAUGAGUCUAGGAAAGUUGGUGUGAUGCCCAAACUGCAGAAGGCCUUUGAAGGCCCGAACCUAGUCAAGAAGAAGCAGUCCGACCUGUCAUUUGUGAUUCAGAUGGAUAGGCAGGGCCGUGAAAGAUUAUUUCACCACAAUAAAUUAAAGCCUUAUAGAGGGGAAAAUCUACCAAAGUGGAUCAUUUCAUUGGCUAAAAAAUUAUGA